AUGUUCAAUGUGGUUGAUCAGUCUGGAACACUUCUGAAUAUGGUCCGAGGCUUAUUGCGCUCCUGGGAAGACCCUCUGCAGCACCUGACCACCACAGUGAGGGAUAUGAAAGAAUUCCCAGCUGAUAUGAUUAGAAGAGUCCAAGAGAUUGAGUAUAAAACUCAUCAACUUCGAGAGGGCAUGGAGAAGAUAAUCAAACAGGUUGAACCUGGAGUUGUAAACAAUGACAUCUUUGCUGCCUGGUCUGGACUUUCAUCACUGCAGAAGGGUGACAAAAACUCUCGCCUUGUGGGAUUUUAUAACCUGUUCCACUGCCUACGCAGGGAUACAAAUAAGGUUGACAAUUAUCUCAAGAUCCUGAAGUGCAAAGUUGUCCAUGAAGGCAGCUGCUAA